CUCCGCCACUGGAUUUAAGUGAUUUUUAACACCUUUCUUAUCUUUUUUUUAAUGUCAAUACCCCCCAAAAAACAUAUUUUUCUAACAAUUCCCAUGUUAGAAACUCCUGGAAGUUUUAGAGAAAUAAUUUUCUUGAUUUUUGUUUAGCUUUUUUAUUUUUUUUAAUUAUACUUGAGUGAGGAUUGUCUUCAAAAAUGAAACAGAAAAUGAUUCAUUUAGUGAUUAAGAUGGGAAAACAAAAGUAAAUUUGUCUGAUUCAUUCUGCAACUGAGUAUUGUCAAGGAAAAAUGUAAAAAAAAAGUGCGCAGAGUGGGCGGUGUGUGUUUCAGACAUCAUCUCAGUGAUAAGUAACUAAAGAAUUACGUUUUAAAAAAUAAAAUCCCUGACGUAAUUUAGAGUUGCUGUGAUUUAUUUAGUUUUUUCUGAUAAUUUAUUCCUUUUCAGCUCUAAAACAAAAUCCCAACUUGAAUUAUUUAUGUGAAAAGCUUUCAUCAGCACAAAUUCAGGAAUUUUUCAGACACUUGCGCGGCGUUUAGAAGAUAAAGGCUCCCCUCCUUGUGUCCUUUUUAAAAAUCUCCAGUGGCCUGGAUUUAUUGAAAUAAAUUCUCCUCUAACGGGGGUUUUACAGUCCAGCAGUUCCAGGGCGGCGGGUGUGCGUCUGUGCGCGCGUAAUGUGCGCUCAGAUGAGGGGAUGGCUCUGUCAUAUGUGGAGCCUAUCGCGUUUCCUCCCCUCCUUGCAUCAGACACACCUCCAGAAUAUGACCACUUACUAUAUCACAGGUUAGAAAGUGGAGCAUGAGUGUGAGCCUCUGCUUAUGUCUCCACACCUCAAAUAAAAAGAAAAAACAAAAAUUUACUCUUGUGGGCAAAACAAAAAGAAAAGAAAAAAGUUUUUGGAGCUAAAAUAGGAAGGUUUUUACUCCUCUGAACGACUGGAGUUGAAAUUCACACUAUGUCUGUGCGCUUAGAGUCAUAGGUGAGGAGAACAGUCCAGUUUUUGGUUUGUGUUUUUAUUUUGACCUUGUCAAUGUUCUGAUUUCAUUGGACGCCUGCGUAAAACUUAUGACAUUUGGCACAGUGCGGGAGCGAGGCUGCAAAUGGGCGGUAUAGGUGGCAACCUCUACCUCAGCAUGUUGAAUGGGACUGAAACGCAAACUUUCGGAAAGAGCGCCGACAUCAGCAGUCACCUCCACCGCGGCGGCAAGGACCUAGCCGAGUUUAAGAUGGGGAUUCAAGACGCCAGGUUUUACUAUCCAGACUCUGUUCCCAGCGGCCAGGACGCGCUGUCUCUGCCCUACCACUCAGAGCAGGCGAUGGGAGCGUACGGAGCGCAGCCCGGCAGGUUUUACGCGCAGACUCUCGGCAGCUGUCCCUACAGCGGCGUGCGCUCCCCGCCGAGGAGCGCAGCCGCGCAGGGGUUCAUUUCCACGGCGGGAGAUGGGUUCCCCGCGGGAGGGAAGGACGUGUAUGCUUCCAACCCGGAGAACUACCCGGCGAGCUUUCAGCACGGCUACCAGCGGUCCCCUCUCUACCCUUUACCUGGUCUACAGGUGUGCGGCAAAACGCAGGCGCUGCUCAAUAACUAUCCACUGUGGGCCAAGUUCCACAAGUUCCAAACGGAGAUGAUUAUUACCAAACAGGGCAGAAGAAUGUUCCCCUUCCUGAGCUUCAACAUCAGCGUUCUGGACCCUUCUGCCCACUACAACGUCUACGUGGACGUGGUUUUGGCGGAUCAACAUCACUGGAGGUACCAGGGCGGCAAGUGGGUCCAGUGUGGGAAAGCAGAGGGCAACAUGCCAGGGAAUAGGAUGUACAUGCACCCCGACUCUCCAAACACUGGAGCUCACUGGAUGAGACAGGAAGUGUCCUUCAGCAAACUCAAGCUCACCAACAACAAGGGCAGCACCAACAACACAGCCCAGAUGAUCGUCCUCCAGUCGCUUCAUAAGUACCAGCCUCGUCUUCACAUCGUGGAGGUGAAGGAGGACGGCUCAGAAGAUCCCUUCCUGUCAUCCAAAGCUCAGACCUUUGUUUUCCCUGAGACUCAGUUCAUCGCUGUCACUGCCUAUCAGAACGCAGACAUCACUCAGCUGAAAAUAGACCAUAACCCCUUCGCGAAAGGUUUCCGCGACAAUUACGACACGCUCUACGCCCCUCCUGACUCGGAGCGCCUCACCCCCUCCCCCACGGAGAGCCAGCAGCUGCUGCCAGGGAGCUGCUACCCCCAAGGCUACCUCUCUGAGCAGUACAUGAGCCCGCUCCCCCAGAGCCGCUUCUACAGCCGUGACCCCAUGGGCAUGAGCCAGCAGCACAAAGACGCGCCAUCCAGCCCGGGACCCCACAGCCGGUGGUACCUGCCGCCGCAGCAGACUGUGGCCCCAAACCGGCUUGACUUCACUUCCCCAUACGAGGGGGACUUCACGGGAAAUGGUUUCUACAAACCUUUCCCUCUGCAGACAUCCGCCCACCAUGCCCUCAGCUACUACCCAGACCACCCUUUUGCCUCCUCCAGUGUGUCUGUCUCAGGAGCCACCUCUGCAGGCUGGACCACAAGCAGGCCCACACCACAGUACCUCAGCCACCCCAACAAACCCGGUCCCAGUCUGGGCUGGUACAGACCCAUAUCGUCGUCCUCCUCGUCAUCCUCAUCUUCCACUUCACCUGGCCAUCCGAGGCUACAUCCUCCACCGCUCCUCGAGUCCCUGCAGCCCCCGCUGCCGCAGGACAAGGCCAAAGACAGUGUGGGGGUGGAGGACCCCUGGCUCGAACCGCCUUCUGUGAAGUCCGCAGACUCAGUUGACUCAGGCCUGUUUGAGGGUGGUGUUGGGGACAGCAAGAAGAGGAGGGUGUCGCCCUACACGUCCAGCACUGAAAACUCCCCACCUCCGCGCAGCGCAGAGGUCUGCGACAAAGACAGCAACAGUGAUGCAGACUACUACGGCUAUUACACCCACUGAAGACCUCCCAGCAGUCGCUCCUGAACCCCCUUCCCCAUCAUAGACACACACGGGUAGCACCACGGUCCAGCCUCAUCCAAGGCCUCAGCUCCAGAGACUCUCAAAAGUCUCAAAUGAUGGCAGGAGGAACUUUCAAGGAUUCUGUCAAAGUGAAUAGAAGUGGAUGUGACCGGGACACUGCCCUGCGGCCACACCAACACCAAGCAGACAAACAGAGGUGUGACUAAAGUCUUCGAAACAUCUGGAGAUUUGAAGAAAAAAAAAACGAACAAAAAA